GGCAAUCAUACAUUCACUGAGAUUCAUGAUCAGUCUGAUUCUGAUUCUGUCGUGUCGUUUCCGACUUGACGGAUACUGGCAAGACAAACCGGGGGUACACAUCUUUUGCUGAUGUCUCAUCCGACAAACGCAACGCAGGCCAAGGAUCGCCUGUACGCCCAAUUGUCCACGAGCCUCAAGGGCAUGUCACGAGCGGUUGUACAAACUGCCGAUCUCUUGGAGCAGCUCCAGACAGAUCUGGAUGCAAUGAAGAUGCUUGCAGCUAUUCAUGCAGCACAGUUUAUGACCGUGGCUGCAGAGUUGAACCCCGAACCGGAAACAGGGAGAAAAACGGCUGACGAAGGAGGAGAUCAUCACUAAAAACGGAAAAUUUUUGUCAAGCCUUCUAAGGGUUUACCGAGGGGAAACGAAUUGUAACUUUGGGAAAAUCUGGUCGACAUUAUAAUCUGUCGCAUUACAUACAGGUUUGCGAGUAGCAUUGUCUCUAAUGGUUUCAUUGAAUCAAUAUUACCAAUCUUUGAAUUGUUUU